AUGUCCAUCCUCGUUCGUCAUCGAAUUGGCGGUUGGCUUCCCCGCGAUCAUCGAAUUCUUCAACGCUGGCUGGCCAAAAAGAUUGCCCAAGUCGAUGCAAACCCACAGCCUUUCCAGCCCGUCAUCCAAGAGUUCCAAAACCUUAUAGAAAGCAACGCCGAUAUUUAUAUGGAUUUCCAUCAAAUGUUCAAUCAAGUACCAACCAAGCCGCCUUACGAUAAAGAUCCGACAGGGAAACCACAGGUUCGCGAUUAUAUGAACAUGUUAGCUUUGUUCAAUCAAGUCAUCACCGAAGCCCCCGACUUCGAAGAAGCCAGUUACGAUGUUGGCUUGGUCGGAUUCCCAAUCAACGCUAUCCUCGAUUGGCCUAUGGGCACACCCGCGGGCCUCUCCGCUUUCUCCAACGACAAAGUGAACGCUCAGUUCAAGAAGAUGUUCGACGUCUGGGCAGCCUUUCUCACUUCAUCCGCCUCCCGCUAUGUCCUCACCACCGACACGACCGGAUGGUUUGGCCCCAACGCUAGUGAAGCGAUGCCCAAUUUUGCACAGACAUACGUGUGCGAUCCCACCGCGCAAUAUUACGGAUUCAGGUCCUGGGACGAUUUCUUCACCAGGCUCUUCCAACCUGGCGUCCACCCCGUCAUGUUCCCCGAUGAUGACCGCAUCGUCAUCAGUGCUUGCGAGUCCACCGUUUACAAGACGGCAUCCAACAUUAAAGCGCUUGACACGUUCUGGCUUAAAGGCGAACCGUAUUCACUUAACCAUAUGCUCAACAACGACCCCUUUGUACCCCAAUUCGUCGGCGGGACCGUCUAUCAAGCUUUCCUCAGCGCCACCAAAUACCAUCGCUGGCACAGUCCAGUGAACGGUACAGUCACAAAGACCGUCAUGAUCCCAGGUACAUACUACGCUGAGUCUCCCGCCAUGGGAUUCCCGAACCCAGACCCUGGCGCUCCCGACCUUUCGCAAGGCUUCAUCACUGCUAUAGCCGCUCGUUCGCUCAUCUUUAUUCAAGCCGAUAACCGGGGCAUCGGUUUGAUGUGCUUUGUAGCUGUGGGAAUGGCAGAGGUGUCGACGUGUGAGAUCACCGUUAAGGAAGGCCAGGUGCUCAAGAAGGGUGACGAGAUGGGGAUGUUCCACUUUGGCGGAUCUACACAUUGCCUCAUAUUUCGGCCUGGCGCAAGCGUUACAUUCAAUCCGGACUAUCCUGUCGGCGCAGAUGUCCCGCUCCACGCUCCCAUUGUAACCAUCGCUUGA